AUGGUCCAGAGCAACCACACCAACAUGAAGGAAUUCUUCUUCCUGGAAAUCUUGUUUGUGGUUUUUCUUGCUGUUUAUAUAGGAACUGUGCUGGGCAAUGCCCUCAUUGUGGUGACCAUUACCUGUGAGUCCCACCUCCACACUCCCAUGUACUUUCUCCUGUGGAACAAAUCUGUCCUGGACAUUGUUUUUUCUUCUGUCACCAUUCCCAAAUUCCUAGUGGAUCUUUUAUCAGAGAGGAAAGCCAUCUCCUACAAUGGCUGCAUGGCUCAGAUCUUUUUCUUCCACUUUGCUGGUGGGACAGAUAUUUUUUUUUUCCUUUCUGUGAUGGCCUAUGAUAGAUAUCUUGCAAUCUCCAAACACCUGCACUAUGUAACCCUUAUGGGGAGAGAGGUGUGGUUGGCCUUGGUGGUGGCUUCCUCAGUGUGUGGUGGUUUGCACUCCAUUGUUCAGAUUAUUCUGAUGCUUCCACUCCCCUACUGUGGCCCCAAAGUCUUCUACUGUGCCUUCUACUGUGACGUGCCCCAGGUGGUUAAGCUGGCCUGCACUGACACUUUUGCUCUGGAGUACCUCAGGAUCUCUAACAAUGGGCUGGUGAUCCUUAUGUAUUUCCUCUUGCUCGUGGGGUCCUACACGAGGGUUCUGGUGGUGCUGAGAUCUCAUUCUGUGGAGGGCCAGAACAAAGCCCUCUCCACAUGCACCUCCCACAUCCUGGUGGUGACUCUUCAUUUCAUGCCUUGUGUGUACAUCUACUGCUGGCACUUCACUAUGCUGCCCAUGGACACAGCUGUAUCCAUCAAUAACACAGUCCUCACCCCCAUGCUGAACCCCAUGAUCUACACCCUGAGGAACCAGGAGAUGAAGUCAGCCAUAAAGAGAAUGCAGAGGAGGCUUGGGCCUUUUGAAAGCAAUAAGAUGGGAUGA